GUCUCGGUCCGUGGACCAUCAGCGUUUUGUAUUGCUGCUUUUGCUGCUGUCGCUGCAAGCAGGGCUGUCCGCCCUGCGAUAUAGCUGCCAAUAGGAGGAGGCGUUUCAUUUGGGGCACCUGCCUGGCUCUGAUCAUCGUAAUGAUCGGCUUGUGCAUGGCCAUGGCUGUUUACUCGAAUAGCUUGCUGGAACGCGGCCUGGCCAAGACCAAGAGGACCCUGGAAAGGGGUAGCCUGGACACCUGUAAUUUCCUGUACGGUGUCCAGGAGCAUAUAGAGCAUCUGUUUGUGAAAAACUUUGAGGAGCUGGAGACGCAUCUGAUCCAUUUGAUCAUGAAUGCACCUAGGCAUAUAGCCAAGGACUUGAACGAUGCUUCAGGGGCUAAUUCAAUUCAAGAACUCAAAUAUAUAUUUGGCAAUUUCAGAAUCACUGAAUAUUAUACUGACCACAACCAUGAUUUUCAUUCGUAUGUUGCGAUUACCUCCAUAAGACUAAGAGAAGCUUUGCGGGGAGUGAAACGCGACAUAAACUAUGCGGCAACGGUGCUUUGUGGCAGCCAAGAGUGCAUCAAAUUUCUGGGUCGCUCCGAUAUCGAGUUUAUCGACACAUCCAGAUGUCUGCAUCCGGACAAGCUCCCCAGCGUUGAGACAAUACAACAUGGAUUAAGGGCACUUUUUCGGCAUGAGCGUAGACCAGAUGAGGCACUGGCACGACUGCAUGAAAUAACCGUAUUGAUCAAGGAGGAAAUGGAACGCGUCGCUGCACCAAUGAUCCGCGACAUACAGAAGGGAAAGAAGCUCUUUGCCGAUCAGGCAGACCGCAUCAAUGAAAUAAUUGAAGUGGUUAUCAGUGACAUUCAUCUGGCCACACUGCGCUCGACGAGGGCCUUCGACGAUCUGUACGUCCGGUUCGAUCGGACCCGUAACUAUGUGUUAGUGUCCAUCGCUGUCUUUGUGGCUGUGAUACUGGUUGUCCUGAUAAUCGCCUUGGCCUUCGGCUGCUUCGGCAAACGUGUCACUGGAGUGAGAGACAAUGGUAUGAGCCGGAGGAUUGGCUCGCACUUCAUUCUAUUAGCCAUGCUGUUGAUAGUCUGCGUGAUAUCCAUUAUGCUCAUGAUUGGACUGUGCUACUUUUUGAUCGGCGCCGUGGCGUACAAAGGCGCAUGCGCACCACUUACCGAGAAGCAGAGGGCUGCCCGAGAAAGGCUCAUCAGCGAGAUCAAAUUAGAGAGCGAUGUCAGCUCUGUGUUUUCCUCUAGGCGGGACGGCUCCAAGGAUUCCCUCAAGAUAUCGAAUCUUAUCAAUGAGUGCGAAGGCGAAAACAGCAUCUUUAAAUAUCUGCGAGAGAAUCGAAUCUACGACGUGGACGACUUGAUACGAAUCCGCGUCAUGACCCCAAUGGAAGCCGAUUUCUCACUUUUCCAAGAUCUAGAUCUAUCCGAUUUUUUCCUAUUAACACCAAAGGACAUAGACGUGUACACGGCAGCGGCGAACUCGUCCCUCGACCGUGUCCAUCCUGAUCUGUGGUAUGAUACCCUAUGCUAUGAAGAAUGUCGUGGAGGUGUUGCGCUAUGCCAGUUGGAUCCAAAGUCAAAUUGA